AUGGAAGAGGCACUAAAUUACCAAGCAGACAGAAUGAUUUGGCCAUCCGGCAUCAGCCAAUUCCAGGCAUUGGCCACCGUGGUGCUGGUCAGCAACCAGAGGGCAAGAUGGAAAAUGCCCGUCCUCCUCAUACUGUGCCUGCUGCAGGGUGAGUCCCAGACAGCCCAGCUUCAGAGCUUGUACACCCAGACCCAAGCCUUCCAGGCUGCAGACAUGCCUGACAGGCACCUCAGCAGCAUUCAGCACCCGCACCGUAGUUUGGACAUCCGCAUGGCUUUGGAUCGAGGGCGUGGUCAGAUCCGGGUCAGAGUGAAUGAGGGAGGUGAGAGCUCACAUGAGGGGGCAUAUGCAACCGCUGCAAAUGCGUUGAGGGGCCCGAGGCUGGUGUCUGGGGAGCCUGGGGGAGCUGUCACCAUCCGGUGCCAUUACCCACCCUUGCCCAUCAACAGCCACCAGAGGAAGUACUGGUGCCGCCUAAGACCCCUGACGUGGGUCUGCCACACCAUCGUGUCCACCAACCACUACACUCACCUUCGCUACCGUGGCCGUGUGGCCCUAACAGACUUCCCACAAAGAGGCUUGUUUGUGGUGAGGCUGUCCCAGCUGUCCCCGGAGGAUGUGGGGCACUACCGCUGUGGCAUUGGAAACGCAAACAACAUGCUAUUCUUCAGCAUGAACCUGACCAUCUCUGCAGGUCUUUCCAGAGCUGUCCCCACAGCCACUGUGGCUGCUGGCGAGCUCAUCACGGGAUCCUUUGUGACAGUAUCGCCAGCGGCCAACAGACGGACACCAGGAACUAUGCAGACUAUAGAGAGACAAGGGACGGGAUGGGACAGAGUUGCUCUGACUCUAGGAACCAGCAAAACCACAGCUUCAGCUAAGGGAAGAGAAACCCCAGGAGCAACUGGGGUAGUAGCUCCAGGGACAGGCAGCCAGCUAGAGGGUUCCAUUUGGGCAACCAUCCCCACUCCGCAGAGUCCAGCUUCAGCCAUCAGUGGUGUGUCCAAUACAACAGAAGGUGAUCGAGUGUGGAGCACCAGAAGUUUGGAAGCAAACAGGACUAGGGCCAGCGAAAGAGAGAGGGAAACAACUACUGGGACUGAUAGGCAAAGAGAGGAAACAGAGAGGGUCAGAACAGUCCCAGACACAGCUGAGAAGGUCAUGGCGACCAUUAGGCCAUCAACCCUGGUCUCAGAUAAGUGGAUGUGGGAAACCCACCAAGAAGAAAUGUCGGUUUCUAAGCCACAAGCCCUGGGCUCUGUUGAAGGAACACCCCCAGUUGCAGUUGUGUGGACCUUGGAGCCAACCAGCAUAGAGAUGGCAUCUGCGGAAGGAAGCAGUGAAGGAGACCUAGACACCCCUGCUGGAGACAGUGGUCCCCAAGUGACAUCGAGCCAGGCCCUGGCAGCAAGGCCCUUCAGGCCCCUGGGCAAGGACUCCCAAGUGAAGAGUGUUUCUCUGGAAGAGAAAAACAUCUCUCGGAUGCUGACUCCAGUCUCUUCGUUGCUGUGUCCGCUUAUGCUGACGGUUCUUGUUCUGCUGCAAAGGAAGCUCCGGAGAAAGAGGAGGUCUCAGGAGACAGAAAGGUCAUCAGGGGUCACCUUGAUUCAGAUGACACAGUUCCCGGAGCUGAGCCUCCAGCCAGACCAGCUUCCCCAGGUGGAAAGGAAGGUGCUCCAAGAUGACUCUCCUCCUCUCCGUGCCAGCCUGAGCAUCCCGGAGAGGGACCCUGGACCCCAAGGAAUGGAGGGAUAA